AUUUGACGCUUGAACGGAGUAAAGAUACUAAAGAUACCAGAGUACCUACCCGUUGCUGGGCCAAUAUCGCCAAGUAAGCAGAAAAACGAACUGCAUAAGCCAAAACGUGCACAAUUCACACAACACACUCGACACACCCUUAUACAUCAAUUAAACAACGCCCCUCAAAUGAUACCCAUUUGCUUCCCUUUUGCUUUGCACUAUUGCUACUUUACCAUCUUUGCUUCAUGGAAAAUAAUAUUAUCCUGCAAAUCUGAGUCCUGAGGUCUCCGGAUUGAAUACUACUACACACUGUUAUAAAAUCAACAGACCGCUUCUUCUCGAGUUGGCGCGUGCCCCGCUAGAGCUUCAUUUCCUUUCACUAUUUUAAUUCAUCGCCCACUUCGAUCUUCGUCGCGUUUUCGAGAAUAAUCAUAAUGGAGGGAGAGAACAUGCAGCAAAGGGGUACCGGCAUUCAGAAACCCAUGACUCGGAUACCUCAGUUCUCGACCUCUGUUUCGAACGCAAGCGGCCUAUACGAGAUGACCAACUCCCAGAGCAAUAUGCGCUCGCAACCAACGUCUUCGAUACCCGCUAUGAACGGGUUGAAGCGUAGCGUACCUAUGCCAGCCGUACAGUCCGAUGCAAAGCGGGUGCCUUUGUCUAGGAGGGCAGGAGAGUUUCCUGACAAGCCCACUACUUCGUCUCACCAUGCAUCCCAGAAUGUUAGAGGCAUGUCCUUGAGAGAUACGGCGAGACCUCAUCAUGCGAGCAUCAGCGGCGGCAUCGGACCUCGACACACUUCGAACAGCAGCUAUUCUUCUACCAAUAGCUACACUAUGAGUGUCGGCCCAGGAAACCGCCCUCCUUCCCGAUCACAAACCCAACACACACGCGCAAGAUCGACCGCUAGAAUCGGGCGACCAGCAACAUCGAUAGGCACACGAGGGGAAGAACCGAGUAGCAAUGGGAAUAUCAAUGGGAAUACCAAUGGCAACACUAACAACAAUGUAACGGAGAUCGAAGAGAAAAUCGGCAAAAUGGACAGCGAGUUCCAAAAGCUAAAAGAGAUCAUGAACGCUACCGAGAUGAGCAGCACCACCGUCAAGGAGGAACUAGAAAUGGCGAAAAAGAGAGCGGCGAGCCUAGAAGACCAGCGCAACGAGUUACAAGCCGAAAGAGCGAAAAUCAUGGACAGAUUGACCGAUGCGGAGCGCCAAGUUCGUAACCUCAACAUCGACAUGCAGGACCAGCAGAGGCGUCACGACAGGUAUUGCGAGGAACUAAUCGCAGAUCAUGAGAAGAAAUUAAGAGCCAAAGUAGACGAUUAUGAGCGCGAGAUGAGCAAAGUAGCUAAGAUUCAACGAGAGUUCGAGGAGAAGUGCGGUGUCGAAGCUGAAGCUAGGUUAGAGAAUUUGUCUCACGAGAACAAGGAACUACGCAGUGCCAUGGAGAGGCAGAAGCGAGACCAUGAGCAUGAAACACGCUUGCUCAAUGUGGAUUUGGAGAGACAGUCGCUUCGAAUCAAGGAAUUCGAAGAGAACUUGAGAAAGUCAGAGGAAGAUCACCGAGCACUGCAGAUUCACAUUGAAGAAAACGUCAAAACGAUCGAUCGACUCAGAAAACGAGCCCAGGAUGCCGAGGAAAGCCUCUCCAAAGAUAAGGGGCAUCUCGGUGGCCAAAUCAGCCUCCUAAGUCAGAAAUUGGACUUAAGUUCGGAACGCAUCCAGAGCCUCGAAGAGCACAACAAGGCAGCACUUUUAGAAUGCGAGAAACGAAUCCAAGAGAUCGAAGCUACGGCACAGAGAAAGAUUGACGAAGAGACGAGCGCACUGAGAGACAGGCUCAUCAAAGAAGAGGAGAGACGUCACAAACUCUUCGAACAAGUACAGGAGCUAAAGGGGAACAUCCGCGUCAUGUGCCGAAUCAAGCCACCAUCUGACUCCGAACGUGACUCUCUGAUAAAAUAUAAUCCCCGAAUGAGCGAGCUUGACGAAGACAAGAUCGACGGCAUAACUAUACCAACGGAACGAGAAGAUUUCCGCGAGCCCGGCAAAAUGAUCCCCGGCAAGCCCAAGGAGUUCAACUUCGAGCGGGUUUUUGACGACAAUUGCACGAACAAGGACGUAUUUGACGAGAUUAGUCAACUCGUACAAUCGGUCAUGGACGGCAAGAAGGUCUGCAUCUUUUGUUAUGGCCAGACGGGGUCCGGCAAAACUUACACAAUGAGCCGUAAGGAAGACGGCAUCAUUCCUCGUACGCAAAGUAUGAUCUUCAGCGAGAUCAAGCGGCUGCAAGUCCUAGGCUGGGAAUACACAAUCGAUGGUGGUUACCUAGAGGUCUACCAAGACAAGUUGUACGAUCUUCUCGCGUCGCGUAGUACCAAGCCCGAGCCAUUGACCGUGGAUCCGGUUAGCGACGAACUCAACAUCAGGGGCCACUCAUUUACGCUCCUGCAAGAAGAGAAAGACCUGGACAAGAUGGUGCAAACAGCAGACAAUAACCGACACGUCGCCGCGACGGCUAUGAAUGACCGGUCUUCACGCUCUCAUUCCAUCCUCGUUCUCAAGAUUUGUGGCGUUAAGAAAAAUGCGGAUGGCGAGGUGAUUAAGACGCGCAAGGGAACCCUCAACUUGAUCGACUUAGCAGGCUCUGAGUCUCCGGACAAGGCACGCGGCGACCAGAUCUACCGCGAGGGUGUGGAGAUUAACUCAUCUCUAAGUUACCUCCGCACAGUGCUCUCAAGCCUAGGCCAGGGGAAGACCGAAGGUGUAGAUUUCCGGUCUUUCACCCUCACCCAGCUGCUCAGGCCUUCUUUAGGCAAAGGAUGCAGAACGCUCAUGUUCGUCAUGGUGAGCCCGCUCAAGGAGAAUGAGAAUGAGACCGUCAGGAGUUUGGAGUUUGCCAAGGAUGCGCAAAAAGUAAAGAUGGGCGGCAACGGAGGUGCAAGGAACCGAAAAUAAGACGACGGCAAUGUUUAGUGAGUCCAAAAGAAUUUGAGACCCCAUGCCUUUUAAAGGGGGGUUUAGCAAGGAGUGUUCGGAGUAUAUCGUGCCCGUU